AUGGCCAAGACCCUGGGCUACCUGGAGCUGGGCACCUCCGGUCUCCUCAAGGACGUGCCCUACGGCAGCCUGAAGCCACCGGCACUGGAGCCUGGGCGGCUGGUGCCCGCUGGGGCCGGCACUGCCGGGCUGCCCAGCGGGCCCUGGGACUGGCCAAGCAACCAGACGGCUGGCGGGGGGCUGAGCCCCCGCGCCCGGCGCAAGCCCUCGCUCAAGGCCACCCGUGCCAAGAAGAUCUUCGGCUGGGGAGACUUCUACUUCAACAUCAAGACGCUCAAGUUCAGCCUGCUGGUGACGGGCAAGAUCGUGGACCACAUCAAUGGCACCUUCAGUGUCUACUUCCGCCACAACUCCUCGAGCCUGGGCAACGUCUCGGUGAGCAUCGUGCCGCCCUCCAAGGCGGUGGGCUUCGAGGUGCUGCUGCCUGCGCUGGCGCGCCCGCCGCCCCUGCAGAGCACCCUGCCCCAGGGCCGCCCCAAGGCCCUCAACUGCCACGUGGAGUAUGAGAAGACCAACCGGGCGCGCAAAAACAAGCCCUGCCUCUACGACCCAUCCAAGGUGUGCUUCACGGAGCACAUGCAGAGCCACGCUGCCUGGCUCUGCGCCAAGCCCUUCAAGGUCAUCUGCAUCUUCAUCUCCUUCCUCAGCAUCGACUACAAGCUGGUCCAGAAGGUCUGCCCAGACUACAACUUCCAGCACGACAACCCCUACUUCGGCUGA